UUGAUCUAUUUGCUACAAAACCACCUUACUCCCUCCCCUUCGCUGCCUUCUUUGUCCGCCCUGAACAUCGCCAUGAUGUGGAAAUCCUUACCUCCGGAGAUUAGAGCCAUGAUUUUGAAAGCCCUGGUCAAGAGUCAUACAAAGUUAGCGCCGUACGCUUUAGUAUGCAAAGAGUGGCAACACGCGGUUGAACAGCACAAUUUCUGUUCGCUUAAUCUCAAGGUUCAAGACAUCCCUACGAUAACCAACAUGAUAGCAAAACGAACCCGAAACCUUGGCUUGAUUAACUAUAUCUGGUAUUCGAUCGAGCUUCCUACUUGCAAUUAUGAAUUUCCCGGGAAUAUCGCAAUAUAUGAAGGAGACUUAGACGAUUUUAUUCGGGGACUUGAUGAGUUCGACGCUGAAUGUCAAAAAGAAUACCAAGCCGCACAAGCCAUAGCUGAGGAAGGAAUCCGCGCCCUGUUGCGCUUCCUCAGCGUACUUCCUCAUGACGGUGGUAUGACUCUUGAUAUAAGCAUCUAUUCACCCUCCGACUCGGAACGAUUCAAAUACAUACGUUUUGAACCUUCCAGCACGCUUGAAGAAGAACCCAUGCAGUCAAGGUCACACGGCGACGCUGAUAUGUCCUCCCAAGCUCUGACGAAGCUCUUCGCUCCUACAUAUUUUCCAGACUGCGACUCCACUGAAUCUUCUUCAAAUGGAGGGGAAAAAUUCUGGAACACUGUGCCCCAAGCUUCUUGCGUUACCCAUCUACUUUUGCGACGGCAAACACGAAGACAAUGGGGGUCUCAUUCUCUCCGUCAACUAGUUGCUCAAUUUCCAAAUCUAGAAGAGCUAUGGAUUGAGCCCUGGAGGGAAAAUAUAAUAAAGGCACAGCCAGUAAUAGACAAAUACGGUGCGGUAACGUUUUUCAAACCCCUGAAGUCUAUUAUGCCCGAUCAACUGAAACGGUUGACUAUAUUCGAGGACUUCAACGAGUCCUACAUCAUUCCUGGGCCCAACGCUUCUCCGAAUCCCAGGCAAGAUCGAAUCACAAGCACACCAUUGACGAGAGGAUUAGCAGAGGCAAGCCUCGCUCUCCACCAUCUAUCUGCGGCUUUCAUAGUGGACGCAUGUCAAUUUUGGAAAGUGUGCAAACCAAACUGGGUGUGGGAACAACUUCUCACGUUGACCCUUACUUCGCAGGCCCUUUGGCCAGAUAACCAUCCAAAACAUAUCAACGACACAAUUGUGGAAGCGGCACAGGUAGCGAAGAGCAUGCCUAAACUUCAGACCAUGCAAAUUUGGAAUGGAAGAAAAGGCUACGCUGCCGUGUUCAGAUACGAGAAGGGUUUCCGCUGGGCUAAAAUCACCUGGCGGGCGACUUGGGGUUUAACACUGGACAAAAGGGUAGUUGCGGAGUGGCAGGAAGUUGCCCAAAUGAUUGGCAUUGAGUGUGAAAAUGAGCUAUUGGGCUAUGUACCAAUUCGCUCUCACGGGGAAGCGGUCACAGUUUUAGGACUUAAGAAUGUUGCUUGUCCGGUCUCAAUCCGACAAAUUUGCAGAGAACAUCUAGAGAUGGCAAACUAAUCGCUCGUUGACGGAAAAUACCGAGGGUUGGUUGCUACUAGUAUUUAUAUUAACAGUCCUGUUCGUAAUUGCACAAGCAGUCAGAACCUAGGGCGCAGAGUGUAACAUGUAGAGCAAAGAAAGGUUGAGGAUUAGUGUAAAAGCGCGAAAAUUCGAUCGUAUUCUGAUGCAGUGUGUUUGACCCUGGUCGUGUCGUGUUUCGACAUGCAACCGGUGGAAGCAAAUUGCGAUUAGGCAAACAACACGUCUCAGAUCGCUCCAAUCAGCACU